AUGACAAAGUUCUUUUUAUUGAUUACGCUGUUCUUGACAGCAACCGUGGCGAUGCCCUACUACGGGAACAGGCACAGCGGUCUCGCACCUUUGGUCUCUUCUCCUGGUGCGGAAACUAUCCCUGACCAAUAUAUUGUGGUUUUCAAGAGUAGUGUUACUGCGGGGAGAAUCACUUGCCACCAUAACGAUGUCAGAAGCAUGUUGGCCGAAGAGAGCAGAAAAGUCAAACGUGGAUUCAUGACUGAACUCAUAUCUGGAAUUAACCAUUAUUAUGACAUUGGGGACUUCCAAGGAUACUCGGGUAAAUUCUCAUACGAUGUGCUGAACAGAAUCAGAGAGAGUGAUGAUGUUGCGUAUGUUGAGAGAGACCAAAGAGUCUAUCCAACCGUCCUCCAGCGUAAUGCUCCAUGGGGUCUCGCUCGCAUAGCUCAUCGUGAGCGCUUGGGAACAGGCACAUUUAGCCAAUACGUGUACGACAGCAGCGCAGGUGAAGGUGUCACUGCGUACGUAAUCGAUACUGGAGUUAACAUCGACCACGUCGAAUUUAACGGUCGUGCCUCAUGGGGUACCACUAUUCCAAAUGAACCGGAUGAAGACGAGGAAGGCCAUGGAACUCAUGUUGCUGGUACCAUUGCUGGUGAAACAUAUGGUGUCGCUAAGAAAGCUAAGAUCGUUGCCGUCAAGGUCUUGGGACCGAACGGUGGCACCAAUAGCGAUGUGAUCAAAGGAAUAGAAUGGGCUGUAAACGCUCACAAAAGAGAAUCCGCUAAUGGUGAUUCUUCAUUCAAGGGUUCAGUCGCUAAUAUGAGUUUGGGAGGACGUAACAGUGCUGCGUUAGAUGCUUCUGCCAAUGCAGCUGUUGAUGCUGGAGUCGUCCUGUCUGUAGCUGCAGGCAAUGAAGCUGUCAGUGCUUGUACCUCAUCCCCAGCCUCGGCUGAAAAAGCAAUUACUGUUGCCGCUUCUACUAUUGAAGAUGCUCGUGCCUCGUUCUCGAAUUACGGUGAAUGUGUCGAUAUUUUUGCUCCCGGUAAAGAUGUCUUGUCAGCCUGGAUUGGUUCUAACACUGCCACCAACACAAUCUCUGGUACUUCCAUGGCGACGCCUCAUAUAACGGGUCUUACAGCAUAUAUCCUCGGUCUGAGCUCAAGUCCUUUGACUCCAAAGCAAGUUCUUGACGUACUGCUCACCACUGCCACGCGAGAUGCUAUCAGUGACGCCGGACCCAGCAGCCCUAACCUUUUGGCAUACAAUAACUAUAAUUCUUCAAACUUUCAUUUCUACUAA